UAUACAACCAAUUCCUUUAUUAGUUAGCAACCAGAUUAUAAGCAAAUGCGAUGUAAGUAUAAGAAUUAAAAUUAAAGAGUUGCAACAUGUAGUAAGAAUACUUCUUUAGAAAUGAAAAAUUUUACAAUUAAUUUAACCUAUUCGGCGAUUGAAUUAAUUGGCUGAAAAACAGCACGAUUUACGUAGUAGUAGUAGUAGUAGUAGUAGUGUAGACAGUGACACGUCAAGCUUGACGUAAACAUGGAAGGUCAGCUAUCGGAACCAACACUUUAUACUGUCAAGGGUAUGGCCAUUCUGGACAAUGAUGGUAACAGAAUAUUAGCUAAAUAUUAUGACAAAAAUAUAUUUCCUACAUCGAAGGAACAGAAAACAUUUGAAAAAAAUCUUUUCAACAAAACGCACAGAGCAAAUGCAGAAAUUAUAAUGCUGGAUGGUUUAACAUGUGUUUAUAGAAGUAACGUAGAUUUAUUCUUCUAUGUUAUGGGAAGUUCCCAUGAAAAUGAGCUGAUUUUAAUGAGUGUAUUAAAUUGUUUAUAUGAUUCAGUGAGUCAAAUUUUAAGAAAAAAUGUUGAAAGAAAAGCUGUUUUAGACAGCUUAGACAUAGUCAUGUUAGCAAUGGAUGAAAUUUGUGAUGGAGGAAUUAUUCUUGAUGCUGAUGCCUCGAGUGUGGUUCAAAGGGUGGCGUUAAGAACAGAUGAUAUCCCACUUGGGGAACAAACAGUCGCACAGGUUUUACAAUCUGCGAAAGAACAACUCAAGUGGUCUUUACUAAAAUAAGAUUUAUAUACAGAAAAUUAUAUUAAAUACCUAAAAUUAUUACUUUAAAAUAUAAAAAUUGUAUAAUCCUGUAAUGUUUAAAUAUUAAAGAACAACAAAUUCUUUAUUAGAUAUUUUGUACAUUCCGUAUUUAAGUUAUAUUACCAUUUGGUUAAAGAAACAGUUAAAUAUUUUGUAUUAAAUUCAUAAAUUAUAGUAUUUAUUUAUAUGAUUUAUAAUGGAACUAUGUAUUAAUAUCAAUAUGUUCAGUAUUAUCAUUAUAUUCUUCAUUUAGUACUUAUUUUGUAUAUUGCACCCUGAUGCAUACGAAAGAAAAAAAUAGUUUUUAAAUUACUGUUUUUUAAGAGUAUGCAUUCCUUUGAAAUGUUACAUAUUACAUACAUUGCACAUGAGCGUAAUAUUAGAAGCCUUCUUCAUUCUACACUCCCAAUACACUCGUUUAACUUUGUUCUGGAAUAAACGAAUACCGACACACAGUUUCGACAUAUAUAAAAUAAUUACUUUUGUAAAUCUUGUAAGUAAUGUUCAAUAAAGAUGGCGAAAAUUAAAAAUCUAAA